GUCUCGCGAUCACUGCGUUGGAGAAAUCGAACGGUGCGCAUGUCCCAUGUAAAGACAGAAGCAAUCGAAGCUCGAUUUCUGGAACUGCAUGCGUCCGAUUUCUCGUUUUCAAGACGCUUAUUUUAAGUUCAGAAUUUCUGGAUCUGCACCUCCAGAUCUCCCCGACCUCUGAGCCUCCAGCCCGGCCAUGCUUCCCAGGGCUGUCCCCUGUCUGCGGAUCCUCGCGGUACACGGGCUGGGCCGUCGCUGGGCCGGCGGCGAUGCCCGGGUCUGGACGGGGCAGAGAAGGGCCCAGCAAGGCCAGGAUCCCCGAGCGAAGGACUCUUUUAUCGAAGACCCAGACACGGCAGAGGUACAGGACAGGCUCCGCGCUUUGGCGAGAGACGAGAAGAGACGGCUGGUGGCCAUCAAGUUCCAGAGGCUCAGGAAGGAACUGGGCCCCCCGCCGCCCAAAGAGAGGGCGCUGAGCUGCGAUGCCAUGGACCAGAUCAGGUACCUGAAGCAGGAGUUCCCGGAGGAGUGGACGGUGGCCCGUCUGGCUGAGGGUUUCGCCGUCGGUACCGACGUCAUCCACCGAAUCCUGAGGAGUAAGUUCAUCCCGUCCGCCGAACGACGGGCGAAGCAGGACUCCAAGGUGACGGCCAGAGUGCAGCAACAGUCUCUCCUGGCCGGCACCCACCCAGGGGGAGACAGACCCCAGCUGCCAGAAAGCCGCAAUGCCCUGCUUCCUGCUGGCACAGGAAGUGCCCUCACCACUUCAGACCACCGGAGUCUGGGCCCAGGUCAGGAUGUGGCAACAACAGCGCCCUCUGGUGGACAUGACAGCCCAGGCUCUCUGACUUUAUUACCGACCCCGCAUUCCCCUGUGUGGAGCUCUACCACACCACAGGAGCUUCAGACAGAGCAGCAGUCCUUCAUCACCCAGGAGGAGGAGGAGGAGGAGGAGGAUGAGGACUGUUGGGAUGGCUGGGUACUCUCAGACAUGGAACUGGAAGAGCUUGUCAGAACACAUCCUGAACAGAACGACCAAGUGGUUCAGAAAGGGAGUGAGUUUUUUGACAGUGCAGGAAACUUCCUGUACAGAAUCUGAGGUUUUUGUGUUGGGAAUGGCUGAAAAUACAUGCUGGCAAGUCGGUUGCAAGUUACUCCUGACAAACCACAAUAUUGUAAACAAAACUUUUCUGUCUGGAAGGGGAGUUUGUGGGUAAAAUGAGUUAAUAUGCCACUCCUAGAAGCUGACUGAUGGCAGAGCCAAUGUGUCAUAUCAGUUCUGCAUACCACAGUGCUUUCCUGGCUGGUAAUCUGCUAUUGAAGAGGGCUGGUAAGAGUUACACCAUAACAAUAUUUAAAUAAAUUCUGUAUGUGAAGAAUUAAACGGAGUGUGUUUUCAGAUGUUUGUAAAUUGA